CUUGAGGGAAAUCUCCGAUUGUCCGAUUCACGAGUACUCCGAAAGAGGUCUUGAGAGGUCUUCAAUCCAACAUGGAGAACCGUUCGAUAUCGAAGAAAAGGAAGUUUGUGGGAGACGGUGUCUUCAGGGCCGAGCUGAACGAGUUUCUGACUCGUGAACUCGCCGAGGAUGGCUAUUCGGGCGUGGAGGUCCGCGUCACGCCGAACCGGACGGAAAUCAUCUUACUGGCCACCCACACGCAGAGCGUGCUCGGCGAGAAGGGACGCAGGAUCAGGGAGCUUACCUCCGUAGUGCAAAAACGUUUCAACUUCAAAGAACCGCAGAAUGUCGAGUUGUACGCUGAGAAGGUUGCCACGCGCGGCUUGUGCGCCAUUGCGCAGGCAGAAUCUCUUCGGUACAAACUGAUCGGUGGCCUCGCUGUGCGAAGGGCGUGUUAUGGUGUCCUGCGUUUCAUCAUGGAGUCAGGCGCUAAAGGCUGCGAGGUGGUUGUCAGUGGCAAACUGCGUGGUCAGAGAGCGAAGUCGAUGAAGUUCGUCGACGGUCUCAUGAUACACUCGGGCGAGCCGACUAACGAGUACGUGAACUCUGCCACCCGGCACGUGCUCCUUCGGCAAGGGGUAUUGGGAAUCAAGGUGAAGAUUAUGCUUCCUUGGGACCCGAACGGCAAGAGCGGGCCGAAGAAACCUCUUCCGGAUUACGUAUCCAUCGUGGAACCGAAAGAAGAAGUACCCCCGACCGUUCCGAGUUCCGAGGUUAAACCGGUUAAAGAUAUACCUCAACCCACUCCUCUCGUCGUGUAACUUUCGUUUGAAAUACAUUUAAAAAGAAAAUAUUAAAAAGAAGGUUCGAAACA